AUGACUCUAGUUCAGGUGUUCAAGCUUGUCUACGCCGAACCCUUUGUGUACGCCCUCGCCGUUACAUCCGUCAAGAUCAGCAUUCUCCUCCUCUACCGUCGACUCUUCCCCCUCGGCAUCGACAAGAGCCGCGCGUAUACGAUAAUGUUCUACAUCGCAACCUUCCUGACAAGUUGCUAUCCAUUUAUUCUUUGGAUCACAAUGGCUUUCGCAUGCAAGCCUAUCAGCUUCUUCUGGAACCAGUACAUCGGUGCCAAAGGAAAGUGCAUAGAUGUCAAGCUAUUCUUCCUUGUGCUCGGCAUCAUGAACAUGGUCAAUGAUAUCAUCAUUUUGAGCGUCCCCAUUCCCCGUAUCUGGACCUUGCAGAUGAACAACAAGACCAAGGUUUCGGUUAUUUGCAUUAUGCUUCUCGGUAGCUUUGUCUGUGUUGCCAGUAUUGCUCGCAUCUACUACCUGUGGGGUUUCUUCCAGAACCUCGAUGCCACAUGGUGGAUGGGACCUUCAUUUGCUUGGUCAAGUCUGGAGCCCUCCGUCGCUAUCAUUUCAGCAUGUCUGCCUACGCUGGCACCUCUCUUCCGACUUGGUCGUAUGAACGCGACAUCGCGAGGCACACCUUCUGGGGGAAAUGAGCUAUCCAAAUCGGGGUCCAAGCAUUUUCAGCUAUUCAGUGUCAACCGAACAAAGGGAACUGGAUUCCAAAGCGACGAUGAGGUUGAGUUGACAUAUGAUGUUGGUCGAGGAGGAACGAGUGAUUCAGCACCAUGGAAUAACAAGGAAAACAAGGAAUCAUCUGCUGAGCAGGGUAUCGUUGUUUCGACCCAGGUUUCCGUCACGCGUCAUGAUAGGAAGAGUCUCAAUGACAGAGCCCAGAAGAGUCUUUAA